UACAAGUAAAACCAAGCAUUUAGUAGGCUAAAUUCAAAUCAGUCCGGUAGGUGGCAGUGAAUGUUCUCAGGUAUGAGGACAGGGAAACGUAUCCCACGCUUGCAAAAGCGCUCUCCCAUGUUGCGGAGAGGACUCGCCACAGCCAAGAGCGCUCUGCUGUCAGAGUGAAAGUGUCAGAGUUGCGGGAGCUCAGAAAGUACAUGUGGCUGUGUUCUCUUGGUCAGCGCAGUAUCCACGGACAGAGUAGGAGCUGUAGAAACAUUUCAGAAGCCAGUCGAGGUGACCUAUAGAAAUACAACGCUCAGGAAAAGAGGUUAUUGUCAGGAAGGUGAAACGAAAUAUUUAUAUAGACUUGUGAGCAAUGCACUGGCAGCAUGGCCAGAUGGUUCAGGGAACACCUAGGAUUCAAAACUACCAAAGCACCACCUCCGGCGCCCCCGAAACCGGACUACAGACAUUGUCACGCCGCUGUGACUGGUACGCCCGGCUACCAACAUCCAAGCCCCGCACAGCCGGACAUUCUUGCUGCUUACAAACUACAAAAGGAACUGGACUUCGAAGAUCCGUACACGGGAGGAAAUAUUUCGUUUGGAACUGGUCUGGGCUGUGGGGGGUCACCGGACAUAAAGUAUGUGUCACCAAAGCACCGGCUUAUAAAGGUGGAAACAAUCGAGAAAAGCAACUCUGCUCCGGGCAGCGGUAUCGUUGCCCAAGCUGUUGCUGUUGGGAACGUUAAAUCUCCCACGUCACCGCCUCCUGAAAAUGAGAAUAAAGAAAAGCUCCUUAUCCUGGAUGACUAUGCAGACCCGUUUGAUGCGGAGCAGGACGGGGGGACCCAGGCCACCACCGAGAAGGUGACCCAGGCCAGCACAGAGAACGAUGGCUACAUGGAGCCCUAUGAGGCCCAGAAGAUGAUGGCAGAGAUCCGCGGUGGCCGGGGGCCUAAGGAGGGGUCACUGAGGUCGCUGCCCCUGUACGACACGCCCUACGAGCCAGCAGAGAAUGGAGGGGACUCGGAUGGCGAGCGUCCCCGCUGCCCCAGAGAGAGCCGGCUGCCGCAGGAUGACGAGAGGCCCCCGGAGGAGUACGACCAGCCCUGGGAGUGGAAGAAGGAGCGCAUCUCCAAGGCCUUCGCAGGUACGAGAGCACCUCUGCUCUGUUUAGACUGCAUUAGCUACAAGGGCUCUGUAAGUGGCAGUGGAUCAGAACCAGAGUCAAGGAAGGACAACACCUCUAAAUCCCUCACAGUCCAGUUUGAAGGAGCGGAGAAGUCCAGAAUGUCGCCCACCAGGGAGGGUAAAGGAGGGCGUCCGCCCCGCAUCCACUCCAGUUGCUGUCUGGUCAACACCAAGAUGAGCUCUCUGGACCACUGCAGUGCUGCUCUGGGGGAACGCAUUGACCCCUCCAUGUCCCUGGAGAGCCAGUUCUGGUACCAUGGAGCGAUCAGCAGGACGGAUGCAGAGUCUCUGCUGAGGCUGUGUAAGGAGGCCAGCUACCUGGUGAGGAACAGUGAGACCAGCAAGAACGACUUCUCCCUCUCACUCAAGAGCAGCCAGGGCUUCAUGCACAUGAAGCUGUCAAGGACGAAGGAGAACAAGUACAUCCUGGGUCAGAACAGCUGUCCCUUCGACAGUGUCCCCGAGAUCAUCCACUUCUACUCCAGCCGCAAGCUGCCCAUCAAGGGGGCCGAGCACAUGUCCCUGCUCUACCCCGUGGCCAUCAGGACACUAUAGUGACAUGGCCUUCCCCAAAGGUCACACAGGGGUCAGAUGCCCUCUCCUGCCACCUCCCCUGGGAAACCCUGUCGCUCUGCCUAUUUCCUUCUGUUUGAUUGGUCUGAAGGACAGAGUUCAAGUUGGCGGAGGAGGCAGGGAUGAUGAGGAUAAUGCAGCUCACCGGUCAUCACCUACCUGAUCCCAGACCUGCUAUUAACUUUUUGUUUGUAUUUUCUACAACAUUAUCAUUGACUGAAACAUCAUCUGCAAGCAUUGUUUCACUGAUCCCACAGCUGCUUCCUCAACAGUGCCACUUUGUACCCACCUCUUCCACACAAGACCUGUUCAUAUUGGAUUUGGCUCCAUGUUAUGCUGAAAGUGUAAUGUUUGUUUAGUGAGGGGAACCUAAAGAUUGUAAUGUCCUUAUAAAGGAAGCAGGGAAGGCAAAUUCAUGUAUUGGAGUUAUAUAUGGGCACUCUACAGUGGCUGGCAAACUCAAUAAACAUGCCCUGUGUGAAUACUUUCCCCGUCAGUGCAACAACAGUUUAGUGUUUAAGUGCUGUACGGUCUGCAGACUGACGUCUCUGUCUAUUCCCGGGACUGUAUUUCUGAUAUCCUUCACCACGGGUGUCCCAUUGGUAGGCAGUAGCACCAUUGGCUAAAUGAGCCAGAGAUGGGCGCCUAGUCUCAAAAUGGUCCAAAUUACCUUCCCGAUCCCCCAUCGUAGAAUAUCUUUGCAUGGGUAGAAUGGAAUAUGCCUGCAUUGUCUACCUCAGAAAAUCAAUUUCAUUCGUGAAUCUGCAGAUCAAUAGGUACAAUGGGAUUGCAGAUAUUGAUCCAACCCCCACCAUGCGACUCCUAUUCCCAACAAAUUGCAUCUAUGGUUUAAGAAUAUGUUUUUGCAUAAACCAGUCACGUUUUUUUUCCGUUUUUUUUUCUUCUUUUUUACUACAUUUUACAGAUCAGCAUUUGUAUGUAUAGUCACUAUGAAAUUGUGUGAUGUCAGUAACAAAUGUUUGGUUAAAUGCCUUCUAAUGCAUGGGUUGAAUCAGUCGGAUUAGAUCCGCUGAUUUCUAGAGUUCUGCUUCUUUCAACGAUUGUUCUGUGACUGUAAUUUAUUCUGGGGUAAUUCUUCUUAUUGCAGAUGUGUUACUCCUCUCUGUGAAGGCCUGCCUCGUGGCAUCCAGCCCUCACUAUUCUCUGCCAUGUGAUCGUGUUUGGCCAGAGCUUAAAUACCCCGGACCUGGUCUCAUAUACUGUGGUGCUUCGCUUUGUGUUUUAGUCAGUUCUGCUUCAUGUGUCCAACUGCCUCUGUGGCCUGACUCUGGUGGCCUGACUGAGACACUGAGGAGUAAUGGUGUCUCGUGACCAAUAGGAUUGUCAAGCCUCACAUAAAGACUGUAGAAGCCCCAUGGACCAAUCAGAGGACUCAAUUUUCCUAAAUGAACCCUGACCUCCAUUCUGUCAUAACCCCUCUAUUUGUUCGAAUUAUUUAAUACACACAUCUCAAAAUUG